CUGCUGCUGGCCAGUCAAACUUUCACGCUCGGCGAUACGCGAGCUUCGCGACCGAGCAGCUCGCCGCGACCGAUUUCAAGGUCCGACACGCGCGGAAACGAUAUCGAUAUCGCUCCUCGCCGGUUGUAGCCUACGACGACCCGCCGACGUCGAAUUAACACAGCAAGCUCGUGGAGGAGUCGGGCGGACAUCGCGGAUAACGGGCGAGUCCUGUGACUCAAUGUCAACUCGCUCGCGGAUCAGAGGGAUUCCCGGUGAAAUACGCGAAAACCAGGGAUUUACUUCUCGGCGUACUCCCACGAGAGUUUCUGUGUCGCUACGGUUGGCUUGCAGCGGCCGUGCAAUUAUUGGGACCGAUAAUUCGAUUAGUCGACUCGGAAAGAUCGCCUGAGGAAUCCGCCGGAGAAAUUACUCGCGUGACGUUCGCGAGUGGCAAGUUUCGCGAGCGACUACUCCAGCGGAGGCUCGACCGGCGCGGAUGGUCACGGACGGGAAGAUUCCAACGUGGAAAGAAAGUCAAGCGGAGCGAGGAGUGCCAGGUGACGUACGGAGCCUCCGUUUGCGAAGAUCAAACGGAGGAUUAAUGAGGAUACGACAGAUUGAUGGCGCGCACCUUCCAAUUCCAGACUCAGAUCCGGACGACUGUUCCGCGCGCGUCACGUAGCGCGAGCGUUUCGCACGGUCGGAAAUGAUAGACGUCUCGAGCAUCAGCACGUGGACGUGUCUGCCGACGGCACGGGAGACCUGACCCAGGAAGCAGCGUCGACGAUCCUCUCUCGACGAUCUCGAGGUCGAAUUAUCGCGACGGGCGACCGUGCGUACGUGAAGUCAGUGUUAUUAGUGAAAGUCGCCGGCGCGUACGUGCGACUCGGUUAAGAGAUCAGACUGGCGCGCGAAAUUGCCGCGGAGAAUCGCGGACUGGCAAAGAAGGUCAGGCGGAAAGGCAAGAUCAAGAGAUCCUCACCUGGCCGCGGGAGAAAGGGAAAAAAGCCCGAGCAAAAAUGACGACCGGCCCCGGCGUUCGAAUUUCGACACGAGACGUCGCGGCGGAUCCUUGAGGGAGGCAGGUGCUUUAAACGACGUCUAGUCCUGGGAGUAUUGUUUCUUCCCUCCUCCGACGAAUGCUGCGGAUGUCUUAGCGCGAAUUAUUCGACGGAAGAGAGAAGAACCGACAAAUGCGACCGCGCUGAGUGAGAAUGGCCGAGAAUCAUUAGGAGCGAGAGGAUUCCACGAACGCGCUUGGGUCGUUUUGCGACACUUCGCUCUGACGUCGAUGGUACGCGGUGUAUUCAAGAAGGAUCGACAAAGAAAUUGUCCCGCUGGAUAUUUCGUUGUUCCCGCGGAAGUAAACGUACCUCGAGCUCGUCGCGUGUCAUGGCUCUGUCUAGUUUCUGACCUUGGAACACGAUGCAGUAAGCAUAAUUUAUCAUAAAUUCGUGGAAAAUCGUUGUGCUCCAUUGUUGACUUAAGAAUAGUAGCUUCCACGCGUAUUUGGCAGCAGUUAACGACUGUUGGAUAAAACUGUUAAGUCAAGUUUAGUAUUGAAAAGAUGUUCACUUGGAAGAGGCAUAUAAGGCCUCAUGCUUUAGCUCUAAGCUCUACGUAGCUUCUCUAUCGCUUUGAGGCACUAAGCGCUACAAGAAACAUCGGCAGAACUAGUCUGACUGCUCAUACAAAUUCGUGUAACUCGUGAUGAAAACUCGUCCGCGUAAGAAAGCAUCGGGGAAGAGGGUGCAUUCAAUAAGCAAGGCCGCCCGUAUCAUUUUACAACGCGAUCGUUCAUUUGUAUCUUCCCACAGCUCAAAGAGAAACUAGACGGAAUUAUUCACGGCCAGUUCUUCACUCGCAGAUCAACAGAUCCGACUAGAAGAUCUGUUUACGUGGCACGAUCGUCGCGAUUCAAGAGUCGCUGCGAAAUAUUCCACAAAUUCGGCAAAUCAACACGACCGAACGCACAAAGAGCAAGGAGAGACUCUUUUCAAGAGUUGCUUUUCUCACCGGAGACAAAUGAGGAUUGAAAACGAACGUGGAACACGAGGUGUGAACAUCGAUCUUCCUCGGCGUGACUGGUCUCGGAUAUUGAAAUAUCGGCCGCGAGGCGUCUUCUUUUCGGACGGCCAUUAGAAUGACAAUGUGUCUAGCUCGUUUCUCUAAAGCGACCGCGUGACCAGGAGGCGGCGAGCUCGCAAAUCCGGUAGUCCUACGUCUCAAUUAUAUCCGUUUUGCGAGACGUAAUUUCCGAAACGCGGAGACCACGCGGAGGGAUGCGAAGGAGACUAGUUCGCAGUCGCAGAUUCGAGCCCGGCCAGCAAGGUGCGACAAGCUCUCGCAGGACGGCUUGACCUUUCCGCGGUUCUUUCCUCCACCGAUAGCUGGAUCCAGCGAACUGGAGCGUGAGGGGCAGAGUCCCUCGUCGUCAUCCUGGUUAUCCAACCGGAAACGGGCCCGAAGCGAGUUUCCCGUGUUUUCCUGCGUUUCUCGCUUCGUCGAUGCACAAAGAGCUUUCGUGACGAGAACGGGGCAAUCGGGCGCGACGAGGAUUGUCCGUGGUGAGGAAAUGACACCAGACCGUCGGACGACUGUCCUCCUUCAUUGAGAGAUAUUUAUCGCUGGGUGUAUCUGGCGGCCGUGAGUAAAAGGAUCGCGACAGAGAAGAGGAACGCGCUGAACUUUUCGUCGAUUGAGAACGACCGUCAAGCGAUAUCAUCGCGAGAAUGACGCGCCUCGUCGUCGCGCAUCAAUUCACCCUGCUCUUGGGUAUCUCCCUGAUGAUGAUGCUCGAAGCCGCGCCAGGAUACAACGUCCUGUUGGCCACCAUGGGUGGCACCAAGUCCCACACGGUGCCCUUCGUGGCCCUCGGUACGAGCCUGAGGUCGCGGGGUCACAACGUCACGUUGCUGAGCGCUUUCUCCGGUCCAGCGGCGAAUAAUGGUCUUCACGAACUGGUGCCGUCCGUUCUCGAGGCUUACGUGGAAAAUUUCACUUCCGAGUGGGAUCUGGUAGGGGCCCGAUUCAGGAACGAGUUUCCGGUUUUACCGUGGGAUGUCAUAAGAUACGCUUGGAAGUCGUGCGACUCGCUGCUGCAGGACGCGACGUCGAUAGCCGGCCUGAGAAAACCGGACGGCGAUCCGCAUCGUCGAUGGGACGUCGCAGUGCUUGACGGUGCUUAUCCCGAGUGCCUGUUGGCGAUUCUCCACGGCGAGAAUGUACCGACGAUAAUGCUGAACACGGUCGCAUUGUAUAGCGGAUCUAUCGUGCAACAGGGUAACCCAUCGCCGUGGUCAGUGACACCAUUCUUUGGCGGCCCGACUACGCAAGAUAUGACUUUCUUCCAAAGAGUCCUAAACGCGGCGGCCCUAGUUUGCAUGAAUUUGAUGCAUUGGUUCACGCUUACGGUUUUCCUACGACCAACUCUACAGAGAUAUCUCGGUAACCAAAUACCCGAGCUGUACAGUCUGACGAAAGAAGUCCCCUUGACAUUGCAGAACAGUCAUUACAGCGUAGGAGAUUCUGUUCCUUACAUGUCGAACGUCGUGAAUGUGGCGUGUCUACAUUGCAGACCGGCGAUGCAAUUAAAUUCCGAUCUGGACUCUUUUCUACAACGCGGCUUCGUGUUCGUCUCGAUGGGAUCGUCGGUGCGAGCUUCCGGAAUGCCCGAGGCGCUACGGCAGAUCUUCGUGGCGGUCUUCUCCACGCUACCGUACAACGUCGUCUGGAAAUGGGAAGGUGGCAAGAUCAAGGAUCUGCCUGCGAACGUGAGGACGGGCGCGUGGUGGCCGCAGCAGGAGCUACUUGGUCACCCGAAGCUACGCGCGUUCGUAUCCCAUGGAGGACUGUUAUCCCUGCACGAAGCGGCUUAUCACGGUGUGCCCACUCUGGUUUUACCUGUCUUUUGCGAUCACGAUGGCAACGCGGCGCAAGCUGAAAAAUUGGGCUACACUCUGGUCAAGGAUUUGGCUGGUAUAUCAAUCAGUACCCUUCGCGAAGGUAUACUCAAAGUCGCCACGCUUCAUAAUAACUCGUAUAGAGAGGUAGCUAAGAAGAGAAGUGCAUUACUGCGCGACCUUCCGAUCGGACCUAGAGAAUUGGCCACGUGGUGGGUGGAACACGUGGCCAAGCAUGGUGGAGCUGAUCAUUUGAAAAGCUCGACCAGGUACAUGGGAGUGAUGCAUUAUUAUAGCCUGGACGUCGCGUUAUUUUAUAUGUUCAGCUUAAUUCUGAUAAUUUACGGACUCAAGAAAUGGUGCUGGCGAGCAGUGAUCAGCCAGGACUUCUUCAAGAAGAAAGUAGACUGACCGAUCAUAUAUACUUCCCGAAGACACAUCCGUCAAAUUUUUAUUAUUUAUUACUACGUGUAGGGUAUAACCUCUUAAUAUAAUAAGCAUACUGGGUUAAAAAGGGUUUUAUAAAUAUUCUCUCGGAAGAGAGAAACAUUGAGAGAGAAUCUCGUUUUGCGAAUUAAUUAAGGUUGUUGAAGAUCUCUAAUAUAUUUUUAUGAUGUAACUAUAGGUCAUUUGUAAUUUAUAAUUCGACAUAAUAAACGUUUUAAUUUCCA